AUGUCUUUCGGAGAUUUGAAUAUCGAUAGGGAUACCUUGGGGUUCCAUUGGCUACCUGUGUCAGGAGCGUUUGUCAAAUGGAAGGUGCUUGAUUUGAUUUACUUUGUGUCGCUGUUCUGUUUCGAUUGGUUCUUUUUGGCAAGAGCAGAACCAUUUCAAAGACAAUUCACAAUCAACGAUCUUACUAUAUCGCAUCCUUUUGCAGAGCAUGAAAGAGUGACCACAUUUGCCUGUAUCGCCCUUGACACGUUGGUGCCUUUGAUCUGCAUAUCCGCAAGCGUCUUGCUACUCACACCCAAACAGCACAAAGUGCACGUCUGGUACAUUACGAUAGUGGGUUUGGGUGUGACUAUCACAACCAACUCCUUGGUUACAGAUGUUUUGAAGAAUUGGGUUGGAAGAUGUCGUCCAGACUUCCUGGCCAGAUGCAUUCCCAAAGAGGAUGCUGUCAAAGACACGCUCUAUCUGGCCAAAGACAUUUGCACACAGACGGACCACAGCUUACUGAUGGACGGAUUCAGGACUACGCCUUCAGGCCAUUCCAGUGGGAGUUUCUCAGGUCUCGGAUACUUGACCUUCUGGUUGUGCGGCCAGCUAACCGUGUUCAAAAACAGAACCAGCGCCUGGAGGAUCAUUCUAGCUGGACUUCCUACCCUUUUGGCUGCUUACAUAGCACUUUCCAGAACUCAGGAUUACAGACACCACUUCGUGGACAUUCUGCUGGGAUCGCUGCUGGGCUCGAUCAUGGCAUGGUGGGGGUACCGGAGGUAUUAUCCCGAGUUAACCAGUGGUUAUUGUUAUGAGCCUUACACCAUUAUCGACGAGAAAAAAUUGACUGAAUUUCAGAGAGAGGACGAAGACGGCUUCUAUUUGAGCAACCAUAGAAGUCAGGAACACUUGGAUCCAUUGAGAGAAAUCGUCUAG